UUCUGACUUAUGUAUGGGUAAGAAAUAAAUAUGUGACUGAGUAGAAUUUCAUUCAAAAAUAUCAUGGGCAUUGCCAUAACAUCACUACCACUCUCAGUAUCUCAACAAAAACAUCUUAAAAUCAAACCAAACACUAAUUCCAAUUAUUCUAAGACUAACAACACAUACUUACUAAUCCAAUGUUGUCACAGCCAAACAGACCCUAUAGAUUCACUAACCAACAACAAUGGACAUACCAGGUUUCCAGAGAAAAAUCCUCUGAUAAACCCUUUACUAGCCUCCAAAGUUGGUGCAGUGCCUCCAAGGCCUAGAAGAAUAAUUCUUGUUAGACAUGGAGAGAGUGAAGGGAACGUGGAUGAGAGUGUUUACACAAGGGUACCUGAUCCCAAAAUAGGCCUCACAAAUAGGGGUAGGGUUCAAGCAGAGGAAUGUGGACAAAGAAUCAAGAACAUGAUUGAAAAAGAUAGUGAUGAAAAUUGGCAACUCUACUUUUAUGUGUCUCCAUAUAGAAGGACUCUCGAAACUUUGCAAAGCUUAGCUCGUCCUUUUGAACGUUCGAGAAUUGCUGGAUUCAGAGAAGAGCCUCGGAUUAGAGAACAAGAUUUCGGGAAUUUUCAAAAUAGAGAGUUGAUGAAAGUUGAAAAAGCGCAACGCCAUCUUUAUGGUCGUUUCUUUUACCGAUUUCCAAAUGGUGAAUCUGCGGCUGAUGUAUACGAUAGAAUCACAGGAUUUAGAGAAACACUAAGAGCAGAUAUUAAUAUUGGACGGUAUCAACCACCUGGGGAGAAGAAUUUUGACGUGAACUUGGUCAUCGUGUCGCAUGGUUUAACACUUAGAGUUUUUCUUAUGAGAUGGUAUAAAUGGACGGUUGAACAAUUCGAGGGUCUCAACAACUUUGGCAAUGGAGGCGAGCUUGUCAUGGAAAAGGGUUAUGGUGGAAGGUAUAGCUUAUCAAUGCAUCAUGAUGAACAAGAGUUAAGACAGUUUGGAUUGACUGAUGAAAUGCUGAUUGAUCAAGAAUGGCAUAAAUUUGCAAAGCCUGCUGAUCUGAAUUAUGAUUGUCCAAUGGUGAAUUCCUUCUUUCCUCAUCUUCAUGAAGAAGCAAACAGAAGCCAACAAAAAGGGUAGUAAUCCGCCAUAAAUUUGUAGCAAUAUAAUGCUCGAUGCAUUGGCUAUCGAAUGGUACAUAUUUUGUAACAUAAACAGAAAAAAGGUGUACAAAUUUUGCAGUAAUUGAAGAAGUAGAUGAAUGUGGCUAUUUAAUUCUUACUAA